AUGGCUGUCCUGUGGCUGGGACUCCUAGGGGGGCUGCUCGCCUUUCCCCUGGGACUCUUCGUGUGGGCUGUCGUCAGACACCUGGUCACUGCGGAAAUCCCCGCCACCAUACAGCAUCCGGUCAGGCUCAGGUUUUUGCAUUGUGUGGUGCUGUACGUGUUUGCUUGGCCCACUGUACACACGGGAGGCAGGCAAGAAACGCCCAACACAGGCUGGCAAUGGUUAGCGGUGGCACCAUGCGCAUGCCAGGGCAGUGCCCACAGCUCCCUUUCCCUCUUUUCCCUCCAACAGGGUAGUAUACUGGAGAAGCUGAGGAUUUGCUCCACACCCAGAUUGCUCCAGUUUUUACAGGACAUAGGGACCAUCAAGAAGGACCCCAAAUUAGUGGUGACCGACAUGCGCUUUGGGUCCAUCCCUGUGAGGCUAUACCAGCCCAAGGCCGCUUCCUGCAAAGCCCGGCGGGGCAUCAUCUUCUUCCACGGAGGGGGCGCCAUAUGUGGCAGCCUGGAUAGUUACCACAGCCUGUGCAGUUUCCUGUCCCGGGAGACAGACUCGGUGGUGCUGUCUGUGGGGUACCGCAAGCUUCCUGACUACCAUCAUCCUGUCAUUACCCAGGACUGCCUGAAUGCCUCCAUCCACUUCCUGAAGACCCUGCAAACCUAUGGGGUAGACCCCUCCCGGGUGGUGAUCUCGGGAGAAAGUGUUGGAGCUUGGGCUGCGGCUGUUGUGAUGCAGGCUUUGCUCAACAGACCCAAUCUCCCCCAGCUCCGGGCUCAGGUCCUGAUUUGUCCACCCCUGCAGGCUAUCAAUUUCUUCCUGCCAUCUUUUCAGCAGCACCAAAACGUCCCAUUCCUCACUAAAGACAUAGUGAUGUUGGCUGUGUGUAAAUAUCUGGCCAUUGACCGCUCCUGGGAAGAUGCCAUAUUGAAAGGUGCUGGUAUACCCCCAGAUGCCUGGGAGAAGUACAAGAAAUGGCUCAGCUCUGAAAAUAUCCCCAAAAGAUUCAGGACUCAAGGCCUACAACCUGAGUUUCCUGGACCUUUUAAUGAGGCUGCUUAUCUAGAAACCAGACAUGUUUUAGAUGUAGAAAAUUCACCCCUCUUAGCCGAUGACAAGGUCAUCGCUCAGCUUCCCGAGGCCUUCCUGGUGAGCUAUGAGAACGACAUCCUCCGCGAUGACACCUUGCUCUAUAAGAAGCGCCUGGAAGACCAGGGCGUCCCUGUGACCUGGUGCCAUGUGGAGGAUGGCUUUCAUGGGUGCAUACUGUUAUUUGAUAAGAAGCCUUUCUGUUUCCCCUCCUCCCUGAGAGCUGUAAAUGCUGUGGUCAGUUACAUAAAUGGUAUUUGAUGGUGACUGUGGGCACUGUGUGGAUGGCCAGGGCCAAAGCUGAGACCGGUCCUGAGUUUUAUUUCACUGAAGAAGGAGACAACGAAGCUCGGUGUGGCCCAGGAAGGAUGAGGUGCAGGGGACAAUGGCUGACUUCCUGGUCAAGAAUACCCGAUCCAUGUCUUUCUUUCCAGGCCAACAAUGCCCAGCCCCGCAUCUAGCAGUAUUUACCACUGAAGGUUUAGGUACAAUAAAUAUCAAAGUGGGGAGGAGGGAGGCUUUAAAAGUUUCUUGAAGUUUUAACCAAAAGGCCUGUGCAGAGUUAACAACAUAAUGUGGUCAUCGUCCUCUGUUGAAACCCAUACCCACGAUGAUGAAGUACACCAGGAAAGGUCAUCUUAUGGUUCCCAAGGUCAAAGUCACCUGGACCCAGCCCAAGCUCACAUUGCUUCCAGUUGUCCUGAGAAAUACAGUUUCAACAAGACUCUCUCAAUCUGGUCACCCGAGUGUUGAAUUCUAGGCUGAUUUCACAGAGGAUCGGCUGUCUUGAGGGCAUCAUGGCCCAUGGGACACUUUCAUUGUGAGUUUUUGAGAAAUGGAGGAAGGAGAAGCAGCUUGGAGGGAUCCCUGAAAAGGACAGGGUGAGAUCUGCGGACCGCGAGCCUUUGUUGGGAUUAUGUUCUGAGUUGGAAGUACUGAAUCAGAUCCUGUCUGCAGAGAGGCAGGUUCUUGGAAACAAGGCUGUCUGGAGAGCUCUGGAAGCUACAGGCUACAUGUGAUAUGUGUUCCCUAGGGGAACUGAGGUCAUAAGUUGCUGAGUUCAUAGAUUGUUUCCGGUGACUCAGUGUGCGGUGCUAUAUGCUCACGGGGAGCUUGGACACAGCUUCCCAAAUCCAUGCUGGGAGUGGGUCACAGUAUAUUUUCUAUGGACCCAUGUGACCAGAUACACCUGGAAUUACUCCAAACUCCACUACUAUCCAUGACACCUGAACAAAGAAGCUGUUUGGAUACCUCUUCUAUGCAACACUAACUUCUCUGGGUCCCAACACGCUCACCUCUGAAGGAUGGAGAAAUGAUACUCUGUUGAGGUUUUGGAUCACUGUAAAGAGUGGCCAGUAACUGGGCUGUACAGAUAGAUGGCUUAGCGGUUAGGCUGUUUGUCUGUGAAACUAAAGGACCUUAGUUCAGUUCCCCAGAACCCACGUAAGCCAGGUGAACAA